AUGACAUUCAAGUCUGAUACAUAUAUGCCUAAGAGCAAAGCGGCAAAAAUGGAUGACCUGGACUACAUCCCAGCGGACCUGAGCCCAGAGGAGCGAUCGGAGUUGGAGGAGAUCCGCAGGAGGAAAGGAGCGCUCCUGCAGGAGAUCCAGAGACUCCGAGAGGAGCUCAGAGAGGCCAUUAUAGAAGUGGAGGGAUUGGAGAGCAGCACAGAGGGGAGUAAAACAUUACAGAAGAGUCGUCAGGUUGCCAUGGGAAGAAAGAAGUUCAACAUGGACCCCAAAAAGGGCAUUUCGUUCUUGGUGGAGAAUGAACUCUUGAGAAACACUGCUGAGGAUAUUGCUCAGUUCCUUUAUAAAGGAGAGGGACUCAACAAAACCGCCAUCGGAGAUUACCUGGGCGACAGAGAUGAGUUCAACAUUAAAGUGCUUCAGGCGUUUGUUGAUCUUCAUGAGUUCACAGAUCUCAACCUGGUCCAGGCUCUCAGGCAGUUUCUGUGGAGUUUUCGGUUGCCCGGGGAAGCCCAGAAGAUUGACAGGAUGAUGGAGGCUUUUGCUCAGAGAUACUGUCACUGUAACCCUGGAGUUUUCCAGAGUACAGACACCUGCUACGUCCUGUCCUUCGCCAUCAUCAUGCUGAACACCAGUCUUCACAACCCCAACGUCAGAGACAAGCCCAGUGCCGAGAGAUUCAUCAGCAUGAACCGAGGAAUCAACGAGGGCGGAGACCUACCAGAGGAACUGCUCAGAAAUCUGUACGAGAGCAUUAAGAAUGAACCGUUUAAGAUCCCCGAGGAUGAUGGGAACGACCUGACGCACACCUUCUUCAACCCAGACCGAGAGGGCUGGCUCCUCAAACUGGGAGGACGAGUGAAGACGUGGAAAAGACGAUGGUUCAUUCUGACUGAUAACUGUCUCUAUUACUUUGAAUACACAACAGAUAAGGAGCCCAGAGGCAUCAUUCCAUUGGAGAACCUCAGUAUUCGGGAGGUGGAAGAUCCCAGGAAACCUAACUGUUUUGAGUUGUAUAUUCCUAAUAAUCGGGGUCAGCUGAUCAAAGCCUGCAAGACAGAGGCAGACGGACGAGUGGUGGAGGGGAAUCACAUGGUCUACCGAAUCUCCGCCCCCACACCGGAGGAGAAGGACGAGUGGAUACACAGCAUCAAAUCGGCCGUGAGCGUGGACCCGUUCUACGAGAUGCUUGCCGCCAGGAAGAAGCGCAUUUCCUUAAAGAAGAAAGAAGAGCAGCCUUGAACCAUUCCGUUCUUCGUCCUCCUCUUCCUCCUCCUCCUCCUCCCACCUCAUCCCUCCAUCCGAACAUUUCAUCUGAGGACAGAGACACUCCUCCUCUCUCGCUCUCGACCUCAAGCCAUCCGUUCCUCUCCUACGACGAGGUCAUUCCUUUACACCUCCCUCUCUCCCUCUCUCUCUCUCUCUGUCUGUCUCUCUCUCUCUCUC